AUGGGCCGAGAAGGUUUCGCGUCGAAGGCUCGGCUCUCCCACUCCCACGCUGUCAUCAUUGACAAUGGCUCCGGACUUUGCAAAUCGGGGAUUUCUGGAGAAAUUAGCCCAAGGCACGUCAUGCCCACUGUCCUCGGUUACCCCAGAAGCAAGCUGCCACAUUCCAAGGCUAAACAGAAGGAAUGCUACGUGGGAUUUGAAGCCCAGCAUAGACAAGAUAGCCUCUCGUUGGCCUACCCCAUGGAAGCGGGCGUCAUCACUUGCUGGGAUGAGAUGGAGACCAUCUGGAAGUACAUCUACGACAAAGGGUUGGGGGUGAAGGCCUUCGAGAGACCUCUGCUGAUGACAGAAUCCCCCUUGAAUCCCAAAGAAGACCGAGCCAAGCUCACCCAGGUGAUGUUUGAAUGCUUUAAGGUUCCGUCUUUCUAUCUCUCCAUCCAGGCCAUCCUCUCCCUCUACGCCUCUGCCCGUUUCACGGGGGUCGUCAUUGAUUGCGGGUUUGGGAUCAGCCACGCCGUCCCCGUCUACGAGGGGUACUGUCUUCCCCACGCAGUGUCCAAGCUGGGCCUCGGGGGCCGCAACGUCACGCAAUUCCUGAGGGAACUUCUCCUGGAAAACAGGCAAUACUUCUGGAACUUUCCGGAAGCCAACACUGUGGUGGACAACAUCAAAGUCAAGUUAUGUUUUGUGGCCUUGGACGCCCGCCACCGAGACAGCAAGCACUCCGAAGAGCUCCCCAAAGAGUACAAGCUUCCCGACGGCAACAGGAUCAAAAUUGGGGACCCCCUCUACCUGGCCCCCGAGAUCCUAUUCACCCCAAGCAACAUCGACCACAAGGGACAUGGUCUACCCAGGCUUGUGGCCCACAGCAUCAAGAAGUGUGACCCCAGCAUCCGUAAGGUCCUGUAUUCCAACGUGCUAAUCUCGGGAGGGUCUUCCCUCUUCCCAGGUUUGGACGAGCGGAUGUUCAAAGGCUUGGAAGGGGAAGCCCCCCAAGGUGUCCCCAUUAAGGUCAUCGCUCCCCCAGACCGAUGGUUCUCGGCAUGGAUCGGGGCGUCGAUCAUCACCUCCUUGAGCACCUUCAAACAGAUGUGGGUGACGGCUGCCGAUUACCGAGAAUACGGGCCAAAUAUUGUCCACCGACGGUGUUACUGA